AUGCAUUUCAGCAGUGUAUUAUUUGUGUGCUUUGCUAUCAUAGCAGCAGUCUGGGCAGAUGGUCACGAUGAUGGACAUGGUCAUGGUCAUGACAACGCACAGUACAAAUUCGAAUACGGCAUCAAGGACCCCCAUUCGCACGACAUGAAGGAACAGCACGAGCACAGAGAAGGAAAACACGUCAAAGGGGGAUACAGCUUGAGUGAACCCGAUGGUACCCACAGAAUAGUCAAAUAUAUUUCAGGACCUAAGUCAGGAUUUGAAGCCGUCGUAGAAAGGAAAGGACAUGCCAAACACCCUGCGGUUUAUGGCAAACACCAUAUAAAGGGGGAAGGUGGCACCAGCUAUGUUGGAAUUACCCACUGGGGAAACCAGGGUAAAGAGGAGCACCAUGGAGACCAUGGGCACCACGGAAAGCACGAAGGGACUCAACAAAUCAUGGUAGUCAAGAACGUCGCCAUCCAAUGGGCUAGAGGAGUGGGCUACUUUAACGACUUACAACCAAAAGGGACUGGUUCCAGUGUUAGUGACGAACAGGAGGAACAAAAUGAUAACUCUAGACUAGGAUCCUAUAUGAGCGAAAAUGAAGAAGAAAACGCAAACGGUAGGUUUCGAAGUGACCAGCGAAAACUCGAUGACGUUUCAAAGUACGACAGUUACAGAGCAGCUCAGAAAGAUGAAAAGGAAAACAACGACGGUGAAAUAGAUAAUGCAGAAAACGACGAACGUGGAGAAUACCGUGAAGAAAAUUUAGAGGAAGCUAGUAACGAAGAAGAGGAUGAUAGUGCUAAAGUCAAUAAGUCGGAGAAUGUGAAAGAAGUGGAAGCAGAAGAAAACGAUGAAGAUAGUGGAGAGAAAGAGGAAAUUAAUAAUGAAAACGACAAUGAAGAAAUAAACGAUGACAGCAGUGAGGAAAGCGACGGUAAAGAUAAUGCGAGCUACGAAGAUUCUGAAAAAGAAAUUGAAUUUAAAUGGCCGUUUGGAAAUAAAAUGUAUGAGGAAUACAAAGGAUACGAUGAUUUUUAUAGAAGGAAUGGUUUUGGAAAGUUCGCUAAAUUUGGAAGUUUAGGAGAUCGGACAGGAUUCAAAAGUGGGUCGAAAUUUGGUUGUUUGGAACUCGGCCACGGAGAAUACUGUUAA